AUGAGUGCUGCCACCCCUACCACUUCGAUUCCGCCGGUUCGUGACACCCCAAAGCCCCCGGCACCGCCUCCUCAGCCCGCCCAACCAGCUCUGGCCAGCCAGCUUACGCCGAAGGCGCCGGCAACAAAUGCCGUUUCGACUCCGGUCAAAUCUCCUCCAAGAGGCCCCGCCGCGCUAAGAGCCCUGCCAACGGGGCCCGCCCUAGCUCGGAGCUUCACGUCACCCGCUGUGCCACAAGCCGCCUCGUCACCGCGGCAUCCGCCUCAGGGUCCUAGUGGAGCGUCUCGUCCCGGCGCCACAAGUCCAGGGAUACCACCUGCAGGCCCUCGCGGCUAUGUCCCCCCACCUCGCGGAGCCAGCUAUUCAACGCGCGGCGGCGGCAGAGGUAGCUGGUCAGCCGGACCAGCCCGCCAUUCCAUAUCCGGCGGUAGCACCCAAACGGUCUCAUCCACCGUUCCUCCGUCUGGUCCUAGCGGCACCACCAGCGGCGGUAUCCCGACUGGUCCCAGGGCGCAAUCGACCUCGUCGGCCUCGGGCUCCCCUUCAGUCGCGUCCAAACCGUUCAACCCGCCCACUGGUCCGUCCGGCGGCGGCGGCGGGCACAUGACACCACACAGCGGCCACGGCGGUCAUCACGGCCGCCCGACGCUGGCGCAGAGCUUGAUAAAUACCAUGCCGCCCAUCCUUCCCGGCGGCAAGAUUGACCCGUCGGCGCUGCCCGUCGAGAUGGAUCCGCACCAUCGCAAGAUGAGGGAGGAGGAGGAGAGGUUGAGGGAGGAGUUGAGGGUGAAGCAGGAGAAGUUGAGGAAGAGCUUGAGGAUGUGGGAUAAGCUUGAGAGGGAGAGUAAGGGGUUUGAGCUCAAGAGUGAUUUGAGCGAGAGGAGUCUGAAGAAUAUUGCCGGGGAGGGGUUGGGCGGGGCUGCGUUUUAG